AUGGACGUCCUGGACCAGCUCACAGAGGACCAGAAGGGCAUCCUCGAGAACUACCUCACCGCAGUGCAGGCGCAGUUUGGAGACACACCCGCUCGUUCGCGAACAGAUGAAUCCCUGGGCGGAUUAGGAGUCGACGGCAACAACACUAACAAUAUCGACAGCAGUGACGAGGAUGAUCACCCUGCGCCGCCGCCUCCUCCUCCCCCACCAUCUGCGCCAACUCAUCAUCAUCAAGCUAAUGCCCCUAGCUUCUUGUCGUGGUUCUCUUGGCCCAUCAAUACCAUCUGGGGUGUCACUUGGUCCUUCCUCGCCUACUUCUGUAAGUAUCCAUCGUUCCACGAUCACCUUGAAGACACACCCGCCAAGCGGACGUUCAGACAAGCCAUUACAGGACAGUCGACACGAACAGGACCUUCGAGACCACCACAGGACCCAAACUCUGUCGCAGCCCGCUUCUUGAGGGACUAUGAGGAGAGCUAUGGAACAGUCCAUCCCAACUUUCACGCCGGCGGAUACUCUGCUGCGUUGAACAAGGCAAAGAACGACUUGAAGUUCUUGGUGGUUUACUUGCAUUCGGAUGAGCACGAUGCAACUGACAAGUUCUGCAGGGAGACAUUGGCAGACAGUGAGCUCUUGAACUACUUGCGCACCAACGACUUUCUUGUCUGGGGCGGAAACGUCAAAGAGACCGAGGGAUUCCAAGUUGCGACGACAUUGCAAACGGUUCGGUAUCCUUUUAUCGGCGUUAUCGCACUCUCUCAACCAACGGCAGGAUCAUCGGCAACUAAGAUGGUGUUGGUCGAUCGGUUGGAAGGCCCUUCGACUGCAGAACAGGUCAUUCAGCGUUUGAGCCAACAGGUGACUCGUCAGUCGGCCGCCCUGGACCGUCUGCGUGCCGAUCGCAGAGAACGCGAGAUGACUCGGGAGAUUCGCCAGCAACAGGAUGAUGCCUAUCAACAGUCUCUCCGCGCCGAUCGUGAGAAGGCCCGUCAACAGAGGGAGGCCCGUGAGGCUGCAGAGAAACUGAAGCGUGAGCAAGAAAGGAUCGAGGCUGAAAGGCUGGCUGCCCUGGACCGUCGUGAACGCCACUUGAAGUACCUGUUUGAGAACCUUCCCGAGGAACCUGCUGCUGGCGAGGCUGGAUGUGCGAGAUUGAGCUUUAAGCUGUGGAAUGGCGAGCGUGUGAUCCGGCGAUUUAAGGGCACCGAGCCUGUGGAACACGUGUAUAUCUUUAUCGAGACGAUCGAGUUCCGCGAGAAUGGAGCCAAGGCCGAGUCGCAGCUUGAGGCAGAGGAGCAUGUCGGAUACACCCACGAGUAUGACUUUGUCUUGAUCUCGCCCUUCCCUCGUACCAAAAUCACUGACCGGAAGAUGUCGAUCAAGGAUGAGCCCGUUUUGUGGCCCAGUGCCAGUUUGGUUGUUGAGCUGAAGGAGGAUGAAGGUGAGGAUGUCGAUGACGAGUAG